UUUAACUCACGAAUAGCGAAUGGCAACAUUUACAAAAAAUUGAAGUGAAAGAAAUGAAUUUACGAGAAUAGGUCGCGAGUUGCAUAGAUUUUUGGUUGAUUUCCUUUUCACUUUGCUUUGAUAUUCUUAAAAAGAUCUAAUAAACUCGAGUUAAUUUGUGUUUACUCCCACAAUUUGAUUCAACGGAUCGAACACAAUUCAGCCGAAAACAGGAUAAGUACGAGAGUGGACAGCAUCUUAUUGAUUUUCUUUCCAUGCAUAUGCUUUCAACCAACGCGAGCCUAAGUUAAUACCUGGCCCGUUUAAUCAAUGAUCCUGCUCAACUAUUAAUGAUAAAUCUAUUAAACUGUUAAAACAAGUGAAUUUCUCAGUUUUUGGUGAAACGAAAUUUUGUGAAAAUGAUGGCCAACUCGAUGGACACGGUAAACUCCAAUCAGCCCACACAAAAUGGUAGCAAGUUACAACCCUGCCACAAUGAGUCUAAGACAAACUUGAUAGUAAAUUAUUUACCACAAACAAUGACUCAAGAAGAGAUAAGGUCAUUGUUCUCCAGUGUGGGGGAAGUAGAGAGUUGCAAGCUGAUCAGAGACAAAGUGACGGUGUUUCCCGAUCACAUCCUUAAUGGCCAGAGUUUAGGCUAUGCAUUUGUGAAUUACCACAAAGCUGAAGAUGCUGAAAAAGCAGUAAACACUUUAAAUGGUCUCCGUUUGCAAAAUAAGAUCAUAAAAGUGUCUUAUGCCCGUCCCAGCUCAGAUGCUAUCAAAGGAGCAAAUUUGUAUGUAUCAGGACUCCCCAAACAUAUGACACAGCAAGAAUUAGAAAAGCUGUUCUGUCCAUAUGGCUCCAUCAUCAGCUCACGUAUUCUCCAUGAGAAUGUCAAUGUGGGCCAUCUUAUGCAAGCAGGCUUAGAAGAUCAAGGAGGCUUACAAGGACCUUCAAGAGGAGUUGCAUUUAUACGAUAUGACCAGAGGUGUGAAGCAGAAGCAGCUAUUCGUGAACUAAAUGGCACUGUUCCACCUGGAGGAACUGGGCCCAUGACUGUUAAAUGUGCAAACAAUCCAAGCAAUCAAAACAAGGCCCUAGCUCCAUUGGCAGCAUACCUGGCUCCUGCAUCUGCUCGUCGCUUCAUUGGCCCUGCUGGUGGUUCUGGCUGGUGCAUUUUCGUUUACAACAUUGGUGCUGACACUGAGGAGAGCAUCCUGUGGCAGCUUUUUGGCCCCUUUGGUGCAGUACAGAGUGUUAAAAUCAUCAGAGAUCCAGCAACCAACAAAUGUAAAGGUUACGGUUUUGUUACUAUGACCAACUAUGAUGAGGCUGUUGUUGCAAUUCAGUCACUGAAUGGUUAUUCACUUAAUGGCCAAGUCCUGCAGGUCAGCUUCAAAACGAACAAGAGUAAAUCCUAAGUGUUUUCAAAACCUAGUCAAUAAAUUGUAGCUAAUGCAAAAAUGUUGAUCAUAACUGUCAUGGUUUGUUGUCACAUAUUCAAUUACUAUAGUACUUAUGCGAUAAGUAACAAAUCAUGACAUGACAGUUAACCAGUAUUCACAAUAAUAUGUACAAACCACCUUCUUUAUCACCUCAAUAGGUAUCUUUAUAACAAUGAGUUAUAUAAAAAAGACAUGAAAAUUUAAUCAUGAAUCUUUUCAACCAAUGAUUGCUAACAAAUUCCUGUAAAAAUUUAAUACUCGUAAUUUAAUACUGGCAUAAUUUAUCAAAAUUUAAAAAAUAAACACCAUUGAUAGAUCAAGAUCAACCUAUUUACAUUUAAAUUAAGGUUUAUAUUUACCAAGAUUUUAAUGGAAAUGACACAAAAUAUAAGCAAUAUAUUUUCUAUUUUUACAAACCUAAUUGACAGUGCAAUAUUAAAUUUUUACUAUAAGUAAACUUAUACAGACGCAAAAAAUAUAUUAUGUAUAAUGUGCAAUUAUACACUUAUUUAUAUUCAAAAUAUGGCAAUAUCUAUUUAAAAGCAUAAGUAAUAUAUUAAAUCUCAAUUACAUACCCAUUACCAAAGACAACAGAAUGCUAGAUAAAAUUUACUUAUAAUGGCUAGCAAAAUAUCUUCCAUUAAACUUUUUAUAACAGUAGGGAUUGUCCGUUUAUAGAUAUCUAAUUAAUAAAAAGUAUUUAUUAUAGUCUUGAAAUUGACUCAUGCACAAAAUCAUUAGAUAAAGGUCUAAUAAAAAAUUGUUUCAUUGUAAAAAGUACCUAGUAAUAUUUUGCCAUUUCAUUUCAAAUGAGACUUUGACUAAAUCAAGAAAUUCGGAGACCAUGACAAUCAGUGUAUUAAUGAUUGAUCAACAUUUUAUUAAUGAUUUCUAUUGACUAAAUUAAUGAAAAAAAUCACAUUGAUUAUAAUAUAGAAUACUUUUUCAGAAGAAACUGAUUAGCAAUACAUAAUAUUUAACUAAAUUUAAAAUUUAUUGCAUAGAACACAAGCUGAUGCCUCGGCUUUUAAUGCAUAUUGAAAAUUAUCCAUAUGAUAUUGUCUCUCUUAUUAAUUUGUAUAAUCACUAUUUAUUAUUACAUUUAAGUAAUGUAUAAUUAAUAAUUUAUUCUAGUUGAUAGAUCUAUUAUAAUAGAUUUCUUUUCAUAAUAUUAUAUCUCAUAAGUGUAAGUUUGAAAUUAGUUCUUAUAAAUUUACUCAACAACUUGAUGUUAUAAAUUUGUGACUGUAUUUAAUCCAGACUAUACAUGUGUGUAGUAUCUUUCACUUUUUAGAGAAAUUAUAGAUAAAUGUGAACGCAUAUCAUAAUGUAUUUAAAGAUCUUAUAUUAAUAAACCUUUUUACAAUAAUUCCAAUUGGAUUUAAGUAAAAAUAAGUUACUUACUUAAAACAUUGCAAACUAACUGCCACAAAUAUUUUGGUUUAUUAAUAUAAGUUUUAAGUAAAAAGCUGUUCUAAUUAUCUUAUAAUAUAUUAUGUGGGGCUUGUAAAAUGCAUUUGGACUACAUAUUUUUUUUAAGUUCUACUGAUAGGGAUAAUUUUUCAUUAAGAUUUAUGAUUAUUAUUUAGUUAAAUACUUAACAACACGAAACUAGUCAGUUAUAUAAUUUUUGCAAUGGUUAAUCUAAGUACCUAUCUAAACUUAAGUAUUUACUUAGUUGAAUUUCUGUGUUCUGUAACUUAAUCUUUGGUUAGGAUUUGAAUUUAAACUAUGUUGGUGUGGUGUUUCUUUAAUAUUAGUCUAAAAAAAUACACAAACAGGAACGAAUGGUGUGUAUAAACUAGUCACAGGUUUAAAUAAUUGUACCUGUUAUGUAUGUGAAACUGUUUUGAAUUUUUUAGGUUGAUAACUUUCAUUCUGUUGUUUAAGAAUACUGAAUCAUAUUAUGUAAAGAAACUCUAUAAGAAAUUUCAUAUUACUAUAAUUGAUUGAGAUCUUGCAUAUUUUAGUUAGCAUCAUAUAAUUCCUUCAUUUACCUUCUCUUAUCAUUCAUUACUAUUACACAAACAAUCUAAAAAAUUCAUAACAGCCUUGCUUGUAAUUUGUAUGCAUUGUGUCCUCCGUUUAAUACUUACCACCUGAUAAAAAUGUACCUAAGUAGUAGGGUUUUAAAAUUCCGACGGGGUAGAACUAUAUGCUGGCUCAUUUAGUUACAAGGUUUCAAAAUCUUAAAAAGGAAGCCUGCCCCAAAAAGACGUUAAAAGACUGUUAUCGAGGCUAUAUUAAUAUCUAUGAUAAUGUCGAAUUUAAUUAUUACAUUAAGAUCUGUCGGCAGGUUUCCUUGAUAUCGUUAUCGUUUACGUCGAGCGAGUCUUUGAUUCAAAAGUAUCCUGAUCAGUCCUUAGAAAAAAAAGGUUUAAAACUACAUUUAAUUGCUCACAUUAGGAUCUUGAAAAAUUAAAA